AUGUUUCUUUACUUUUCCUGCCUCUUUUUAUUUUAUCAUCCACUUUUAACCGAUCAGUUUAGCCCCGAUUUAAAUGAUUAUGAUGCGUAUGGUGUUAAAUUAGUGGGAAACGAACAUUCCUUGAUUUUUGUUAAUAAUGCAUUAAAGUUCUUUGCAAUUGGAUUUGGUCCUUAUUCCAAGGAUACUACAUUUUGCACUGUCCCUUUUUUUAGCGCAACAGACUAUGUUUAUAGUAUAGCAGCUGGAAAAAAACAAAAUGCUAGUCAGCCAUAUUUUGUUCAUAUUGGAGAAGAUAUUGUAAGUGGAAAUCAGAAUGUAGGUGUAAUCGGAUAUUAUAUAAGCCUGAGCAAUAAUACAUGUACUUAUGCUUAUUUAAAUAUUCAGAAUUUUUCUUACAGUCCUUCAUAUCAUCAAGACUAUUAUAUUAUUGGUGUUGAUCCAUUAGGCUUAAUCGCUUACGGUGCUACCAGUAUAUUUAGUUUUCUUUAUAAUCUAAAUACCUAUGAGAUAAAAAUACAGAAACAGAAUAUAGUAUUGCCUCCUCCCGUAUCUUCUUAUCCUAUCUUUAUUCCAUAUGCAAUAGGUAUGAGUGAACAUUUUGCCGUUGUAGCUGGAUAUGCUUUUGUUUUUGAGCUUAAUGAGUAUGCCCCUGUGGCUUGUCUUAUCGAUCUAGAUCUGCUCACAUUUAAUUUUACAUUAAUAAGUAAUGUAUCACUAAUCAAUGAUGUAGCAAUUCCUGUUACUUCUGCUGUAACUUACACUUUACAAUAUGACAUGGCUGUAGACAUCAAUGAACAGAAUCAAAUACUGAUUGGUAUACCAUUAUUCGAUACGGUAGUACUACUGUCUGCUAAUACGACCGAUUUAAUUAUCCUUAACACUAUAAGUCGAUAUAACAGUUAUAUAGGUUUGGGUAAAUCUGUAGCAUGGAUUGAUAAUACAACAGUAGCCAUUAUUGUUUAUUCUCUUGCAGAUUCACCGUGGUCAUCAUCUACCGUGUAUGUGUACGAUAUUGAAUAUUCUUUCACUUUGCCUAUUUUUGCCUUUCCUAACAAUCAACAAAUCGGCGUUUCUUCUUCUUAUUUACCUGUAAAUCCGAGUUUUCUUCUCGUCCGUUCUUGGUCAUCAUACAUGCUUGUUUUCGACAGUAUGGGUCGGAUAUUGAUCAUCCAUCCUAGUCCACCUGGAUACUAUAGUGGCAGUAUUUUAAAUCUUUAUGGUAUUAUAAAUGUAUAUUCAUCUGUGAGCUGCCCAGCAGGAACAUUUAAGAAUAGUUCUGGUAUUGGGCCGUGUACUGUUUGUCCAGAAGGAAGAAAAAAUCAAGGUGAUACAGGUAUUCAAUGUGACUGGUGUCAAAAAACAUCAUUUUGUCCAUUAGGCUCAGUAAAUGAUGUCAAUUAUUCUAUAAUUGAAAAUAUUAAUAAUUCCCAAGCUUAUCCAAAGUCACCUGAUAAUAGCAUAUUUGAUGAUAUUUUAAUCCAGAAUAUGUUUAGCAUAGGUAGUACUAAUCAUUGCAUUGUUGUAAGUCCUCUGUUUUGGACAUCCAUUAUAAUUGUUCUUUCUAUUCUUAUUCUCAUUAUUAUGGGUACAUUAACAUUCUUUCCUACUAAGCACAAGCAUCGAAUAUUGAUUAAAACAAUAUUUAAACAAUUAGAUCUUGUAGGUGAAGGUGAACUUUGGAUUGGAGGCUUAAUAUCGCUUGGUAUUAUUGUCUUAGUUUCAUUUGCUUACUGGUUUAGUAAUUAUUAUUUGAAACAAUAUCCAAUUGAAAAGUCAAGCGAUUCAACAUUUGCUUGUGAUACUAGUAUACGUAAUGCAAAAUUUAGUACCGGUUUACAAUUGUUAUCCAUUCCGAGAUCCGAUGAGCAAGAACCCAUUUUUGAUAUGCUUGAUAAACAAGAGUUUACAAUGAGCGUUGACUUUGUUAACACUUUAUACAAAUAUAUGAAUGUCACUGUUCAGCAAAAUAUUGGUUCUAGUUUUGUUAAAUUGAAUAUCUCUAAUUAUCUAGUACAGAAUGAUAAUGCUACAUUUCGUGUUUCAGUUGUUUUACCUUUUCAUCAGAUAAAUGUUCAAUUUAAUCUAACUGGUCCCUAUUCAAUUGGAGGGGUAAGAAUUUGCCUUUCGGGACCAUCGGAUGGUAGUGAUAGUUAUAUAAUUCAACAAUUGAAUUUCUGUAAAUUUUUCUAUACUCCUAAUCAAACAUUAGCUUACUCGUCUAGCAUUGAUUUACAAUUAACAAAAGUAAUAAAUGAAACAGAAGGAUUGAGUGACAGUGACAAAACUUUGUACAGUGGAUUAUGGGUACCAACGUUUAUUAUUAAUACAUUAUCAGAUCAACUUUUGUAUAGUCAACACGGUGAAUACUUAAGAUAUUUUUCGACACAAACAACUUUGUUAGUAACCGUUAGUGAAACACAGUUUUACAUUCAAAAUACUCAGAGUCCAAUUGCCAGGCUAUCGGAGGUUAUCUUUCAUAAUUUGUUGUUUACAAUCGUAUGCCUUGAAAUAUUUGGAUUAAUCUUUUUAAUUAUUAAGCUUCUGUUUGUUCCAAUUGUUAUGAAGCUCUUACUUAAAAUUCAACAUAAACAUAAUACAAGACGAAUUAGUCGUCCUAUGAAUGAUGUUAAAAGUGAGAAAAAGGAUACAGUUGAGCUCGAAACUAUUUCCACAAAUAGUAGUCCGCCGAUAUAA